AUUACUCUUUGUCUUAACAGAAUCUUGGUAAAUGUAUAGACUGAAGUGGCUUUCUGGGAAGGAUGAGUCAUUUUCUUGACUGGAUACUAAUUCAAGUGCACAUAUCUGUGACUGUGUUGUACCUUACGCUCCCUGUCAACACACAGUUCUUUGGCACUUUGCCUUUUGAGAAUGUCAUCAUCUCCUAAUAACAGUUAUGUUCUCAAAAGGCUGGAGAGAGAGGAAUUGAAAAGAAAGGCAGAGGAGGAAAGACUUCGCCUAGAAGAGGAAGCCCGUAAGCAGGAAGAGGAAAAGAAGCGGCAGGAAGAGGAAGAAAAAAGAAAGGCAGAAGAGGAGGCUAAGAGAAAGGCCAAGGAGGAGCUGUUAUUAAAAGAAGAGCAAGAAAAGGAAAAACAAGAAAAAGAAAAGCAAGAAAAGGAAAAACAAGAAAAAGAAAAGCAAGAAAAAGUCAUGAUUGAAAAGCAGAAGGAAGCGGCAGAAGCAAAGGCCCAGGAGGCAGCUAAACAGAUGCGUCUAGAAAGAGAACAGAUCAUGCUGCAGAUUGAGCAGGAGCGACUGGAGAGGAAGAAGAGAAUUGAUGAAAUCAUGAAGAGAACAAGGAAGAGUGAUGUGUCUCUAGAAGUGAAGAAAGAAGACCCAAAGGUGGAGCUUCAGUCUGCUGUGUGUGUAGAAAAAGAGACAAAACCAGCUGUCCUGAACAAAAUAGAAAUAAAUGGAUUAAACACUUGCCAGGAAGUUAAUGGUAUGGGGCGUACUGCCCCAGAAGCUUUUCCUCGAGACAUUUUCUCUAAUGGGCUUAAACCAAUUGGGGGACUUGUUCAUCUGGACACCCUUGAUGGGAAAUCAAACAGUCUGGAUGAUUCAACUGAAGAGGUUCAGUCUAUGGAUGUGAGUCCUGUUUCAAAGGAAGAGCUUAUCUCCAUCCCAGAAUUUUCACCAGUAAGUGAAAUGAUUCCUGGGGUGUCUCUGGACCAAAAUGGAACUGGUAAUGCCCGAGCACUUCAAGAUCUCUUAGAUUUCACCGGCCCCCCCAUGUACCCUAAGCGAUCCAGUGAAAAUCUCAGCCUGGAUGAUUGUAACAAAAACCUGAUUGAAGGAUUUAACAGUCCUGGCCAAGAAAAUACUCUGAACACCUUCUGUUGACAAAUACAUCUCUUUAACG